GUUCGAACUCCACAGCGACUAGUAGACGAAUUCAGCAGCGAGUCUAGUGAGCCAAGCCCUCGCUUUGCUUUUUCAAGCUAUACGUUAUUUCUUUUUCUUGUCCUUCAUACGUUUAAAACAUGGCUGGCGCAAAUUCGUACUUUCUUCCUGGCUUCGGCAUCUCACGAGCGGUUAUCCAAAAUGAGAUCCGGUAUCAUUGCGGACCCGAUGCAAUCGUGAGACCAUAUACUCAUCAGGGCCGAGAUGGAUUCCUAUUAACGACAUCCGGGCCAGCAUUGACGAAGGCACAAAUAGACGACCUCAAGAAAUCAUCUCGGGACUACGAAGAGAAGCAAUCGCGGAGAGCCAACGAAGAGGACGUAUUCGUUAAUCAACCAGUUGCUGUGGCCCAGAGGAUACGGAGGAGUGGAUGAGUUGCGACUUUCCGUGCUUCCACCAUCUUAAUCCAGGAAUUCAGAGUAGUAGUGAUCGAAUGUGACUUCAGUCUCGCUUAUAUUUCCAUUUCUCUUUUCGCCGGGGCCCAAUACGUCGCACAUUGCAUGAUCUGCAAAAAGAUCAUCGAGCAAGGAGGCUGAAGACAUACGUUACACUCCUCUUCCCCGCUCCUCACUAUACGUUUCUUUCCCUGUUUCCCAGACUGAAGAUCGGUUGCUUUUCUAAAAAGGAGUUGAAGGGUGUCUUGGAUCGGUCGGAUGUUUGAAAUUUGCCUUUUCAUCUUGCUCAUACCUCUCGUGCGUUUCGCUCCUCAUACGAAUAUCAUCAUGUUCCCCUCUUGAAA